AUCUGUUGUACUUAAAAUUAGUGUCUGCAUUGUUAGUGAAGGAGUCAAGGUAGACAAUCAAGUUAUUCUUUUGAUGUCGUGGAGCACCAUGAGGUUCUUGUUUGUUUUAAGCGUUCUAAUUGUUAUUAACGUAGUUUUAUCUCACGAGGUCAAUUAUGAAAAUUACAAAGUUUACAAAGUGUACAUUGAAGACGAUGCAGCAAGGGACAACUUUUUAACAAUACAAAAACAAAUUCCAGACUUGGAUAUAUGGGGAGAAAACCGUGAUACCCGUUCCCUUGACGUCAUGGUUAGUCCUACAAAAGAAGUCGAAUUUACGGGGCUUCUCAGAAAAUACGGAAUAUCCCAAGAAAUAACUACAAAUAACGUGGAAGGUCUUUUAAAAAGUUCGUCGUCACAAGUGAACACACGUAGUGUGGAACUCAACUGGACUUCCUAUCACAACUAUGACGUGAUUUAUAGCUGGUUUGAUUCCCUGGCUGAACUUUAUCCCGAGAAUGUGACCACAUUCGUUGCCGGCUACUCAUAUCUUGGGGCCGAAAUUAAAGGGAUUAGAAUACAAUUGAGAGAAAAUGCCACAAGGGUAGCCGUUAUAGACGGAGGAAUUCACGCGAGAGAAUGGAUUUCUAUUGCUACUGCAACUUAUAUUGCUAAUCAGUUUUUGACCACCACGAAUUCAACGAUCAGAGCUGCCGCUGAAGAGGUAAUCUGGUAUAUUUUACCAGUAUUGAACCCAGAUGGCUAUAACUAUACUAUAUACGUGGAUAGAAUGCAUAGGAAAAAUAUGCAAGUAAACGAAUCAGUCGAUUGUUCUGGAUAUUCCGGGGGUAGUGGCAUUGGGGUAGAUUUAAACCGUAAUUUCGCAUUUUACUGGAUGGCGAACGGCGGUGCGAGCAGCUAUCCCUGCUCUGUACAGUAUGCAGGCCCGUAUCCAUUCAGCGCACCCGAAUCCCAGGCUUUCAGAUCCUUCAUAGGAGGCAUAUCCGAAAAUUUAGAUUUGUACUUAACUCUGCAUUCUUAUUCUCAACUAAUACUUUUCCCGUAUGGACACACGACGCAACCCUUGGACAACUAUUACGAACAGUACACAAUUGGAAGAAUGGCAGCGGACGCUAUAGAAUCCAAUUCUGGAAGGAAAUACAUUGUGGGAAACAGCGCUGAAGCAAUUUAUAUUUCGACGGGGGGUAGUGACGACUGGGUGAAGGGUACGUUUGGGACUAGACUUGUGUACACUUACGAAGUUAGAGAUACUGGAACUUAUGGAUUUUUAUUACCCCCCGAUCAAAUAAUCGAUACAGCUGAAGAAGUUUUGGCUUCAAUCCCCGUACUUGUACAGCAAUUAAUAAGAUUAGACACUUGGUCUACCACUAGGCCAAUUAGUUCGUCUGCAAACAAUCCGAGCCUAAAUCUUCUUCUACUUCUUUCUAUUGUUAUAAGUGCUGUGUUGUACAUAAAAUUAUAAUUUUAUUUUCCGUUAAGUAUCCUUGUAGAUAAGAUAACAAAUAUAAUAAUUCACGUGUAACCACCUUAA